AGCGUAUAUAUUCCAAUAGCCAAAUCUAUAAUUCCAAUUUCCAAGUCCAACUAACAACUACUUAUUUCUAAGCUAAACAUCAAAACAUUUGUCGUUCAACAAUCAAUAUUCGAAAGAAAAAAAUGUAUACUGUAUAGUGAUAAUUAUUAAUUUAUUUCCAUAGUCUGUUGUUUUUGCUUCAUAAUAUUGUACAAGUAUUAAUGUAAUACGUACAAAAACGUUUAUAAUGUACAUUCCAGUGGGUUUUGUUUUGUAAAUUGGAAUAUGAAAUUAGACAUUUUAUCACUGAUUUAAUAUCAGACUUUCAGUAUAUUUUUCUACAAUAUUGUUGCAUUUUGGUCUUCUUUUGCGUGUACUGAUUAAUUUCAAUUUAAUAAAUAUGUUCUAUAAACAUUAUUUUUUAUUAUUUAUGUUCAUCUAUUGUGGUUUACUAACUGAUUUAAUUACGAGUCAAACAUUAGAGGUGGUUACUGACAACGAGCUCUUAGAUUUAUGCCGUUCUGAAAACCAAGUAGUUGCCUUGUUUACAUUAAAAGACUGUGAAAAGUGUAAAAAGUAUGAAGAGACUCUCACUCAAAUUAGAGAAGAACUUGUUGAUUCAUUAAAUGCUUGGGUCGUAAAAGUGGAAGGUAGCAAUUUAGUUCACAUUUAUAAUCCUACUAAAGAACCAACAUUGGUAAUGUUUCGACAUGGUAUACCAUUACUAGUACCAGAGUCAGGUAACUAUAAAAUAUUAAUGUAUUAUGAAAUUAUACUACAUUUAUUUUAUAUUCUAGACGCUGUUAACGAUGAGUUUUUGAUAGACAUGUUAUUGAACAACAGAGAUCCUAUUGUGAAAGAACUUAAUGAUAAUAGUUUUGAACAUUUGACUCAAGCAUCGACUGGAGCAACAACAGGGGAUUGGUUUAUUAAAUUUUAUUCAUCAGAUAGUAUAGAAUGUCAAAGAUUACAAGCUCGCUGGGAAACGGUUGGCGCUAAACUAAAAAAUCGUGUAAAUGUUGCUCGUAUCAAUAGGUACAUUGGGGGAUCAAUAACUGCUCGUCGAUUUGCUAUUAGCCAAUCACCUACAUUUAUUUUAUUGCGUCGUGGUGUCAUGUAUACUUAUACAUCAACUGAUUAUACUAUUGAAUCAUUCCUAAAAUUUGUUGAAGAAGAUUAUAAAUUCACAGUUAAAGGACAAGUGCCUGAACCAAAAUCAACAUUUGAUGAUUUUGUACACAUGUGCUUUGAUGUGCUCAGGGAAAAUCCAUUGGCGUGGAAGUUAGGCUUGACUGUUUUAAGUGUAAUAUUGCUGUGUCUUGCUGCUUUGAAGAAAACAUCCAAGUCAAAUGAAUACAAGUCAAAAAAAAAGUCAACUAAAAGUUCCAGUAAAAAAAGCAAGUAAAUAUAUAUGAUAUUAUAGUAAAAUAUAUGCAUUUAAAGUUCAACUUAAAUAUUUUCAAUAAAUCUUUUAUAAAAUAAAUACUUGUACAAUACAUUUUUUAAUUUCUGUUAUUAUUUGAAUGUUUUAUGUUUAAAAUAUAAAAUUAUAAACUGUA